AUGUCUCUCAUGCUCUCCGAUAAUCUGGCUCCCCAGCCUAUGACCGACAUCUUCACCGAUGACACAAACAUUGACCGCCGAAAGUGCCACCGCACAGUGCCUAUGAAGGUCCUUGCUCUGGGCGUUGGUCGUACCGGAACUGCUUCUCUCCGCAAGGCCUUUGAGCGUCUGGGCUAUGGCAAGUGUUACCACAUGAUGUGCGCAAGUGUUGAGAACCCGCCAGAUUGCUUGAUGUGGCACGAUGCCCUGAACGCAAAGUACAACGGAAUCGGCGAGUUCGGCCGCAAGGAAUGGGACCAGCUUUUGGGCGACUGCCAGGCCGUGUGUGACUGGCCUGCCUGUGCCUUUGCAAAGGAGUUGAUCGAGGCCUACCCCAAUGCAAAGGUCAUCCUGACCACCCGUGAUGUCGACCCAUGGCACGCCUCCGUCAUGAAGACUGUCUUCUGGCGCGUCUCAGACCCAGAGCACAAGUUCGUGUCGAACUUCAGCUGGGCCGCUGGCAUGUACUACCCCAUGCUGAACAAGUUCUUCGAGACAUUCUUCCGUGGUGACUUCCCCGGCAAGGGCAAGCAAGUCUACGAAGAUCACGUCGCCGAGGUCCGCAGCUUGGUUCCCCCCGAGCGUCUGCUCGAAUAUAACAUCAACGACGGCUGGGCCCCGCUCUGCGAGUUCCUUGACGAGGAGAUCCCUGACACCCCCUUCCCCCGUGGCAACGACAUGGCCGACUUCUACAAACGCUGCAGCACCCGCAACCGCCACCAGAUGAUGAACGCUGCCCUCCAGGCCGUCACUAUUGGUGGUUCGCUGCUUGCCGCUGGCUUCGCUGCUACUUUGGCUUUCAAGCGUUUCUCUCCCCGCUAA